CGAGAGAGGUUGGCAGUGUAGUAUUCCGGAGUGGUUUCGGAAAAGCGCGCGUAAUAUAUCGGUGUGUUGUAAAUAAAAACAAAUCGUUUGGUGGAGAUAGUGAUUCAAAUAAAUGUGCAAAUGAACAAGAAGUACCUAUGAUUUUAACUCUAAUCAAAUAAGGUAUAAAAUAAUAUAAAAAUAUAUAUUAAGCUAAAGUUUUUAAUAAAUAAUUAUUGUUAAAAGUUUUAAUAUUUUAGAAUUAUUGAUUCUGUGCUACUGUUCUCAAUUCUUAGUGACAUACGAGUAUACCGAGCUUCUUUAAUCUAGAAGAAGAUGAAGUGCCUAGAUUAGAUAGCCCCAAAAUGUCAGAAGCAUAUUGAUGAAGCAAGAUGGUGAUCGAUGGCAGGGUCACCAUGCGCGUCUCGUGGUGGUGGCUGGCGCGGCUGCUGCUGGCCAUCGCCGCCGUGGGGCAGGGCGAUACACAAGAUAUAUCGGCGUGCUGCAGCAAAGCGGAGGGCACCUGUCGUAGCGUCUGCGAAAAGAUGUCCCUGGAAGAGAUAUCGUCUGACUCCAGCAUGCGAGAGGACCGCAUACAAAACAUUUACAAGUUCUGUCCCCCACAGUCGAUCGAGUUUUGGAUAUGUAUGAACCAUACGAUUCAAGAAAUUGUGACUGGAUUAGGUUGGUGGGGUCGAGGAUGUUGUCAAAUCGGGACAUCUACGGCUUGCAGACAUGCGUGUGCGGCGGCCAAAGAUGUGACGCCUCUAAGAGAAGCCUGCCGGCAAUCUGAUGAAAUUGCCUUGUUUGACUGCGUGCAGAGCCAGGAAAAGGCGCAAUGGUGUUGUUCACAAGCCGAUUCCCUGAGCUGUUUCGAUGCCUGUCAGAAGGUGUUGUGGCGUGUUGGUCAAGCGCGAGUUGACAUUGGCGCUAAGGAGCGCGCACUGGAGGCCUGCGAGAGGAGCCCGGCGCUGAUCAGGUGUCUCGACAACAUGACCGCGCCAACUGAACAGAUAGACAGUUCCAAAUAUUUACCAUGCUGUACCGAGACCUCCAACUCGGAAUGCAAGUCAGCGUGCACGACAGUUCUGCGGCGGACCAGCGACGCCACAGAAAUAAUCGAAGUACUUCAUCAGAAGUGCGGCCAGCCCUCGCUCCACAACCACAAGAACAACGACGCCUUUUGGAGGUGCUUCCUCAUGAAGGACGACCCGCCCGACACCAUAGACCAGUUACCACAUGCCGCUGAUAAACUGCAUUGUUGUAAGAAGGCCGCCACAAUAAAUUGCCGAAGUUUGUGCUUAGACGCUUUCAACGUAGACGUAGGUUUGCAAAAGUGGAAGAAAUUUGAUGCAGAGUGCCUCGCCGAGCCGCAGGAGGUGGCCCUUGCGGAGUGCAUAGAAGAGAUUGAAUUUCCGUGCUCUUUGGGAUGUAGUGGUAUGACCUACUGCAGUCACCUGAACAACCAUCACAGCACUCUCUUUAGGUUCUGUUCCGCUUCAGCUGAUUUCAACUCUCAUUUGGAAGUCGCGAGCCAAAGAUCUAGUGGAUUUGUAACGGUGUCUGGAUAUAAAUUGGUGUUAAAGAAGAAUGCGACAGAGGAAUCUACAGACCUGUGGAAGACGGUCACCUGCGCGCUCAAUGUAAAACCAUGCACGCCCCGGGGUUUAAGUAGCCUCGUAUGCUUAGAAGACUGCGUGCGGCUGGUGUCCGGCAGCGUGGAGUGGUCCGCCACAGCCGCGCCCUCCGCGCGCGCCCUCUGCUCGCGCCUGGCGCCGCGCGGCGACCAGGCGCCGUGUGUGCCGCUCACUGACUACACUACACCCAGUACCGAGCCACCUCUUUUAACCGCUCGGGAGGUUGUGACGUCACCAUGCAGCAAACAAUCUUGUCCUGCCGGAAAGAUGUGCGUCAUCGAUAGAAACUGCGGGCCUGAAGAACACUGCUCACGAUUCAGCUGCGUAGAUGGAUGCCGUUUAGGUGACCGAACUGACUACGUGGUGCCUAUUGGGUCUUACAUCAGAGUUCCCAGGCCUGGACAGCAGUCCGCGCAGAAGGAUUGCUAUAAGAUCUGUCGUUGCACAAAUAAGGGGCUUGGAGAUUGUCAGCCAUUGCCGUGCGUAAAUAUGGACGACUGUAGACUCCAUGAUAAGGUGGUGAAGCAAGGUUCGAAGUAUUACCUAGAGUGCAAUCCCUGCGCAUGCGUGAUGGGAGAGCGCGUGUGCGGGCAGCGCGCGUGCGGCGUGCGCGAGAGGCCGGCGGCCCCGCGCCUGCCCUGCGCCUGCCCGCCGCACCACAUGCCUGUGAGGGCCCGGCACACGCUUUACCCUAAUGUCUGUCUCGCUAAGUGCGCGGGAGCAACAGACGCCGAGAUAGAUUUUAGUUCGCGAGCGGAAUGCUCUGGUGUGAGUUGUCCGCGACGGCACGCAUGUCUGCCAAGACACAACGUUUGUCUUUCAAGAUUGCAGACCUCUUGUCCUCAACACGUUUGUGUAAAUACAACAGACUGUUCCCGCCAGCCAUCGCGGCCGGUGUGCGACUCCGACGGUAACACCCACGAAAACCCUUGUCAUCUCGUAAUGAGCGGCGCCAAGUUGGCCUACUGGGGACCUUGCUUACGAAGGUGUUCCAAGGCUGGUGUAGUUUGCGGAGUCAACGGUGUGACAUACAUAUCUGAAUGCGCCGCUUGGGCAGAGUUCGUUUCGAUGGACUACAAGGGCCCAUGUUUAGCUGUUGGACUUAUUUCUGAUGCCAUGGAGCCAAAAUGUACCAUCGACAGAAUUCUUUGUCCACCUCUUAAAAAAGAAGGCUGCAAGGGUUUUACUGCUCCAGGUGCAUGCUGUCCGACAUGUGGAGGAGCAAUUAGAAUCCUUUACUCUAAGAAGCAAAUAGACAGAGCCUUGUACGGCACAAAUAUUUCUGCUACAGCUAUUAAUCUUCACAAUAUAUUAAAAGCUCUAGAAAGACAUAUAACGAUAGCCGAAUGUGCGCUGAGAGGAUAUUUGACAAUAGAAACUGAAAUAUUUAUAAGUGUAGAGACUAUAUUGAAAGAACCGACUGAUUUACAGUUACAUAUGUGUGUGCUUGAAGCUGAGAAAUUGGCAGAUAUGAUCAAUAAAGAGAGUGUAGUGAUGUCAAUAGAUUUAGGUCUUAGUGCACUUGCAUAUGCUCUUCCUGUGCAUACAUACCCCAAUAGUAGUAGGGGAGUUAUUUCAUCUAUCACCGUGACUGCUUUUUCGUACUUAACAAUUUAUGUUCUGAGAUAAAAGUAAAACUAUGAUCUUUUAAGUGUAAGAGAGAGUAUAAUGUAAGUUGUAAAUAUCAAGGAUAUAAUCAUGUUUACCAAAUAUUUUAUAGUGCCAUUGUAAAAAUAAAUCUAAAUUGUUUUGCUUUGGUUUGCUUUAAUUGGAGUUCAUGGAGAGUUACGAUUGUGAGUUCAAAGUGCCAUCUCUUGUAAGCACCAGUGUCAUAUUAAUAGAUAGUAUUUGUUGUAUUAUAUGAACUGAUUAUGAGCUAUGCUUAGUCUCACUUUACAAAAGACAAAUAAAGUAGUCUGAUAACCAAAUGAUAAUAAAUAGAAUAGUUGUUAUUAUAUUGUAUUUUGUUGUUUUGAAUAUUUUAAGUUUUAUACAUAAAUAACCUCUGUUUACGAGCUAAGAGCUAAAAAGUUUAUUAAAA